CUGAUGCCUACUGUGUAUGCUCAGAGGCCAGCCCCCUCCUGGGUCAUUGACCCUCCCAGACUCUGGGGAAGGCCAGGUCUCACAAACUCCUUUUCCCUGGAGGUGUUGUCAAGCUUCUUCUUGGGGGUCCCUCUAGUGGGGGAUGUUUAUUUGGGGGAACUAACUGCAUACCCUACCUUUAAAACAGACCCUCAGUAGUCUGUCUGUAUUUGAAGCAUUAUUGGAAAGAGAGAGAAGACCUUUGGGUGGGGGCUGUCCUGGCUUGAGCCCCAGGACAAGAUCUUCAGCUGGAAGGGGGUGCCUUGGGGUCCUGGGGGAGUAACCCCCUGCCCUCUCCCAGGGCCAGGGGACCAGCACCUUCAGGCAGGAAAUACUCAGACCACUGUGAGGCCAGGGCUUCCAGGCCCGGCAAGAGUCGCAUCCCUGGGCGCGACCACCGGCGCUACUACCACGACCACUGGCGGCUGGAGUACCUGAUGGACUUCAACCCUGCCCGGCAUGGCAUGGUGUGCAUGGUGUGCGGCAGCUCCCUGGCCACCCUCAAGCUCAGCACCAUCAAGCGGCACAUUCGCCAGAAGCACCCCUACUCCCUGCACUGGAGUCCCCGGGAGAAGGAAGUCAUCAGCAACAGCUGGGAUGCCCACCUGGGGCUGGGGGCCUGUGGCGAGGCGGAGGGCCUGGGGGCCCCUGGGGCUGAGGAGGAGGAGGAGGAAGAGGAAGAGGAGGAGGAGGGAGCCAGCCUCCGAGCUGGCCCGCCCAAGGCCCCAGGCAAAGCCUCAGCUGGUGGGGGCUGCCGGCGGCGCCAGCAUCGUGGGGUGCGAGGGGGCCCAGUGGCACCCUGGCGCCGGCGCCUCUCAGCUUCCCGAAGGGCCGGGGGCAGCAGGGGGCUGGGGACCCAGCGCCUGGAGCGGAGGCUGAAGGAGUCCCUGCAGAGCUGGUUCCGGGCUGAGUGUCUCAUGGAUUAUGACCCGCGGGGGAACCGGCUGGUGUGCAUGGCUUGUGGCCGGGCACUGCCCAGCCUGCACCUGGACGACAUCCGUGCCCACGUGCUGGAGGUGCACCCCAGCUCCCUGGGGCUCAGCGGCCCCCAGCGCAGUGCCUUGCUGCAGGCCUGGGGUGACCAGCCCGAGGCGCUGGCUGAGCUCACCCAGUCCCCACCAGACGAUGACCUCAUCCCCCAGGACCUGACCAGAAAGAGCCGGGACUCCGCCCCCAGUGCUGGCGCCCCCUCCUCUCAGGAUCCCAGCCCCCCAGAUGUAAAGGAAGAGGCUGGCUGGGUCCCUGAAGGGCCCGGGCCCGCAGAGGAGGAGGAGGAGCCCGAGGAGGGCCAGGGCGAGAGGGCAGGGGUCCCCGGCCGGUCGCCUCGGGGCCGCCACCGCCGCCACUACCAGGAGCGCUGGCGGCUGGAGUACCUCGUGGAGCUGGACGGCUGCCGGCGCGGCCUGGUGUGCAUGGUGUGCGGGCGCGCGCUGGCCUCGCUCAGGAUGAGCACCGUCCAGCGGCACAUCCGCCAGCACCACCCGGGCUCCACGCGCCUCAGCGGGCCCGUGAAGGCCCUCAUCGCCCGGGAGUGGAGCGAGAAGGCCGCCCACCUGCUGGCCCUGGGGCUGUCCGGCCCCGAGCCCCCCAGGGGCCCCGCCGCCGCCGAGCAGGGGGGAGGGGCUGAGGAGGCGGAGCCGGAGGAGGAGUGGUGGGGCGACGGUCCGCCGUCCCCGGGGACCCCGCUGGAGCGGCCCGCCGAGGAAGAGGAGGAUGAAGAGGACGGCCAGGAGCCCGGGGGCUUAGCUUUGCCGCCGCCGCCGCCGCCGCCUCCCCCGCCGCCGCCGCCGCCGCCCCGCAGCCGGGAGCAGCGGCGGAACUACCAGCCGCGCUGGCGGGGCGAGUACCUGAUGGACUACGACGGCAGCCGGCGCGGGCUGGUGUGCAUGGUGUGCGGGGGCGCGCUGGCCACGCUCAAGGUGAGCACCAUCAAGCGGCACAUCCUGCAGGUGCACCCCUUCUCCAUGGACUUCACCCCCGAGGAGCGCCAGACCAUCCUGGAGGCCUACGAGGAGGCGGCGCUGCGCUGCUACGGCCACGAGGGCUUCGGGCCGCCGGCCCCGGCGCCGCGCGACGGCAGCGCCGAGCUCAAGCCGGGCGCCGCGUGCCGGGCGUAGCGCGCCGCCGGGGCUCGGGGCGGGGAGCCCCCUGAGUCCCACGCCGGCGCCGCCCGCUCCCCCGCAGGCGGGGCUGGGCGGGGCUCCGGGCCGGGUGGGGCCCCGCGCCGCCCGGUGCCCGGUGCCCUUUCCACGUGCGCGCCGGGCCAGCGGGUGCGGCGCGUGCGGCUCCCGACUCUCCCCGCUCGGGGGGCCCCCACGUUUCCCGGGGAGCUCGCACCGAGCCGCGCCCGGGAGGCGCUGGGCUGCGGGGCGGGCCCGGGCGCCCGCCGCUGUCAGUAUUAGGCCGGAGGCGGGGCUGGGAGGCCCCGUGGCCCCUCGCCCUGGCGGGGGCCCAGGCUUCGGCGCCAGCGGGCGCGGCCCCGGGCUGGGGUGUGUGUGGGGGGGAGGGAGGCGCUGGCUGCUCGGUCCUCUCUGGUAUUCCUGGGCCUCUCGGAGGCCCCGGCCGCGGGAGGCGGGGAAGCCGGAGGCGGGCGGCCGCUGCGGGGAGGGCGCCCGGGCCCCGUCGCCGCCGCCGGGCCAGCCUCCCCGGCCACCGCCCCGCCCGCCCCGCGGGGGCCAGGAUCAGGUAGCGUAGAGGGAUUAGCACUUUUUUUUUUCCUUUGCUCCUCUCCUGCCCAGACGGCCCCCAUUUACCCCUAAGCUGGGUGAGGAGCCCCUGGUGUGGCGCCAGGCCCGCCUUGGCUGGCCCGGGACACCGGCGGUCCCGGCCGUGGGCCCGCAACCCCGCCUCCUCCCGGGGCCGCUUUUGUC